AUGACGCUAGAAAUGGGGUCACAAAAAAAGAAAGGACCUAGGACAAAUAUAGUGAAGAGUUCAUUUAUACCACCGGGCGCAUUAAGAAGGGCAAGGGGACAUGGACAUCAAUCAAGAUCAUUUUUACCUAUGACAUCCACACAAAGUCAAACUGCAUCAAUUGCACGUUGUUCGUUAGAGCCACAUAAUGACAACUCUCUUUUUCAAGAUGUUGAUCAUAGGGAAGAAGAUGGUGGAGUACAGGAACAAAUACUUGAACAAGUGCAUGAAGAUUUUGAUACUGCAGAAUGUAAUACAACAAGGCAACAUCAAAGUAAUAAUAAUCCAGCUCAGGAAGAAACACAAGAAGGUAUUUCCACUAUACAAAAGAAGAGAAAAACAAGAGGAAUGAACAAGGGUAAAAAGAUUACAGCACUUAAGGAUGGAGAGAAACUGGAUGUGGUUUUUUAUAAUAAUCGAGUUGUUAGAGAAAAUCAUGCAGAAUGGUCAAGACAUUUGGGCAAAAUAGUGCGUGACCCAAACAUUUAUCCAAUAAGAGUGCACUCAUGGAAGCAAAUUGGAGAAGAUGCAAAAGAUCAUAUGUGGGAUUCAGUCAAGGAGAAAUUUAAAAAUGUUGACAUUGAGCUAUAUCGAGAAAAGACUUUAGAGCAUAUGAAUCAUUUGUGGAAUAAUUGGAGAGGGGAUUUGAAAUGCCACAAUAUAAAGCCUUGUGGUUCUUUUCCAGAGAUGUUGAAAAAUGUUCCUCAAGGGAUGCAUCAAGAAGAUUGGGAGUGGUUAGUUAAGAACCAUUUUUGCACCAAAAAAUUUAAGGAAACAAGUGUUCGAAACUCUGAAAAUAGGAAAAAUUUAACUAUGCUUCAUCGUACUGGUAGCAAACCUUACAGACAAAUUAUCUAUGAUUUGGGAGGCAAGGAUGGCAAUCCACCAGACAUUGGAACUAUAUUCUUUGAAACUCAUAAGAAGGGUGCAAAUUUGGUUGACUCUAAUGUUCAAGAGAAAUAUAACAAUGUUUUGAAACACGACAUCGUGAUCAAAUUAUUGGUUAUGGGGGUGGAAUAA